GUGUGGUCCCCUCCCUCCCCGCGCUCCCUAUAAAGCCAUUCGCUUCUUGUCAGGAGGAUACUGAACUCAGUUAUAGUGGAGGCACCGCCAGCCACUGCCCUGGCCAGGUGAAGCGUGCGGUUCUUUCAUCUGCUUCCCCGAGAACCCGCGGGCAGACCGUUUAAACAGAACAAUAAAGCGGGGGCAUUAUUACAGGCUAGAGUCAGCAGAAGAUAGAAGUGCUGAAGACAUCACCGACCAGGCUGGGGAGCGGAAUGAAGCUGACAGAAGGACACCAUGAAGCAUUAGCAGCGCCGCCUGCCACAGUCGCAUUGCCGACCCCAGGGGCCAACACCACAGAGCCAGUGGCCAACCCAGAGGGGGGCAAGCAAGAUGGGUUCUCCAAGGUGAAGGAGAAGUUCAUGAAUGAGUUGAACAAGAUUCCACUACCUCCCUGGGCACUGGUUGCUAUUGCCAUUGUCGCCGUGUUACUGGUCCUCACUUGCUGCUUCUGCGUCUGCAAGAAAUGCCUGUUGAAGAAGAAGAACAAGAAGAAGGGAAAAGAAAAGGGAGGAAAGAAUGCCAUGACCAUGAAAGACGUGAAGGAGAUGGGGAAGUCUGGCAAAGACCAGGCUCUGAAGGACGAAGAUGAUGAUGCGGAGACGGGACUAACGGCGGAUGCGAAAGAAGAAGAGAAGGAGGAGGAAAAAUUGGGCAAACUCCAGUUUUCCUUGGACUAUGACUUCCAGAACAAUCAGCUAAUCGUGGGGAUUAUUCAAGCUGCCGAUCUCCCUGCCCUCGACAUGGGAGGGACAUCUGACCCCUACGUGAAGGUCUUCCUCCUGCCUGACAAGAAGAAGAAGUACGAGACGAAGGUCCACCGGAAGACUUUGAAUCCAGUUUUUAAUGAGUCCUUCAUUUUCAAGAUCCCGUACUCUGAACUCGGAGGGAAAACGCUGGUGAUGGCAGUGUACGACUUCGAUCGAUUCUCCAAGCAUGAUGUCAUCGGGGAGGUGAAGGUGCCAAUGAACACGGUGGACUUUGGCCACGUCACGGAGGAGUGGCGGGACCUGCAGGGAGCUGAGAAAGAGGAGCAAGAGAAGCUGGGCGACAUUUGUUUUUCUCUCCGCUACGUCCCGACUGCUGGGAAACUGACAGUUGUCAUCUUGGAGGCAAAGAACCUGAAGAAAAUGGAUGUGGGAGGCUUAUCAGAUCCCUAUGUGAAGAUUCACCUGAUGCAGAAUGGCAAGAGGUUGAAGAAAAAGAAGACAACAAUUAAGAAAAACACUCUUAACCCAUACUACAAUGAGUCGUUCAGCUUCGAAGUACCAUUCGAGCAGAUACAGAAAGUGCAGGUUGUGGUCACCGUUCUGGACUACGACAAGAUCGGUAAGAACGACGCCAUUGGCAAGGUGUUUGUGGGCUACAACAGCACCGGAGCAGAGCUACGCCAUUGGUCAGAUAUGCUGGCCAAUCCGAGGCGGCCCAUCGCGCAGUGGCACACCUUACAGCCCGAGGAAGAGGUCGACGCCGCUCUUGGACUGAAGAAAUGAGAAGCCUUUCCGAUGCCCCGCUGCCCCCAACCUUCUUGUGCCCAUUGUCAGUGUGAUGUAGAUACCUCAGUCCCAACCCAUUCACUCCAUUUCAUCUCCAACCACCUUUCUCUCUCUCUCUCUCUCUCCCUCUUCCAAUCACCACCCCCUCAUUACUGUGGGCCUGGUUAAGAUCUUUUCGGACACCAUUGCAUUGGCACUGUCCACCCUCGCCAUCUCUUAAGCAAUAUGAUCUGUGUAGAUAGAGCAUGAUUCAAAUUAUGUAUCUCACAAAUGUACAUAUAUAUGCACCCAUAAAGCAAAAGAUUAUUUCUAGUCUGUGUGUUUGUAUGUUGUUAGCAUUUCCUAUUCUGUGUAUUGUUUUUAAUAAGAUGUUCUAUUUUAAAUUAUAAAAAUUGACUGAAAAAUAGGAAAGUCGAUGCUAUAUAUUAUGGUUACAUAUUUCUCCUGCAUUCCAGCUAUUCUCGUCUUGUGAAGUCAAGAUGAGAAUAGACCUUAGUGAAGAUAUGUGAGAAGAUCACAGGAAAAGUAUACCUAAAGCAGGUGAUCUAGUCCCAACACUGUGUUGUGCACUAGGCACCGAUUUUGGGAGGACUUGCUAAAUGUUUUUCAUGUGACAAUGUAGUCAGUGGCACUAUUAUACAGCUAUUAGUCAUUCCAUUAGAGUUGAAAGGACUGUUCUGUGUAUCACUGUGACUGCCUCCGUGCUUAGGAAAGCGAGAUAGCUACAGGUUUACUCGAUAGUGAUUCUGAUUUAAGCGAGUGGGUUCGUUUUAGUUUCCUGCCCAGUUAGUCAUUCCUCUCUGCUGCCCUGUCAGGUUACACACAGCUCCAUACAAACUCUGAGGACCAAUCCAUGAGAGCUGUGUCCCAUUCCAGAGGGAAACUGCAGAUGUAACGACAUAAUUUCAUUUUCAAGCACUGUGCAAUUAGAAUGUGUGUGAACACACGCACGUGUGCACAUACACACAUGCAUGCGCACACACACAUGCACACAUACUCACACUCAGUCACACAUGUGUGCACACAUACACACCCACAAGCAUGUAUACACACACUGACACACACACCCACACACUCAUACAGGUACAAACACGCAGACACACUCACACCUACACACUGAAACACACACUCAGACAUGCACGCACACACACACACACACACACAUCGUGACACUGUUUUCCCUCAGUGGUUCUGCCCUUAAAGCAAGAGCAGGGAAGAUACCGGAUUUUAGCUUAUAAAACCUCUAGUGUACACUUUGCUCAGGAUUUAAUUCACUAGCUGCCACUACGUUGUCAACAUAACACUGUUUAAAUGCAGCACACUGCAUCUGCCAAUGACGCAGUUAUAGGAUCUUUAAUUUACCAGUAAUAGGUGGAUAAAUAGAGAUAUUAUAUAUGAAACACUGCCAAAAAGAGAAUUAUGAUAGUCACAAAGGUAAGCACAGCCAUAACCAGAAGGUGCCCCCUUGCUUUAGUCAGGACUGUCUGGAGCUACUACUGGAGCACCACAGUUUAAUGCUAAUCUUUACAACAACCAGUAUGGGAAGCAUUAGCAAAUGAUGCUGUAGAGUGAUUCUUGCUGCCUUUAUGUAUGGAUUCUGUAAACUAUUGCCUGCUUCAGUAUAAUACACGUGGUAACUACCUUGCCAUGUGAAACCUAAAAAUAAUUGCUGUGUCUUUAGCUGCUGUGUUUGUUUGUGAGCUGCAAGCUGUGAAAACCUUAAUACCUUUUUCAGUGAGGUGGUUCUAUUCCCUACCCCAUCUCUCCUUCUCUCUCGAAUUUUGGUUCACUCUGUGCGGUGAAUGUCACUGUGGACCUCCUGAUGUUUAUAUCACUUGAUAGUACAAUAGUGUUGGAUAAAUAGAUUUAUUUCCAAUCGAUGUUUUAAAUGACUGUAUAAUUAUAUGUGUUCCUUACUGUUCGUUUAUAUAAAAUAUUAAAAGUUGAUUACAAAUUUAAAAAA